CCGGCGGGAGAGGAAGCGGCGCUGGUGCCUGGGCGGGCGGGGCGGCGGCUGCCAUUCCUCUGCUCGGCGGCCGCCCCCGCCCCCUCCGCCCCUUCCUGGCCGCGGCGAGAGGAGCUGUGCUGGCAGCGGCGGCGCCUAGCUCGCUGCCCGCCAUGGCGAUCCGCAAGAAGAGCAACAAGAACCCGCCUGUGCUGAGCCACGAGUUCGUCGUGCAGAACCACGCAGACAUCGUGUCGUGCGUGGCCAUGAUCUUCCUGCUGGGGCUCAUGUUCGAGAUUACAGCAAAAGCAGCUGUCAUUUUUGUUACACUUCAGUAUAAUGUUACCAUUCCUGCCACAGAAGAGCAAUCUGCAGAAACAAUCUCUCUCUAUCAUUAUGGCAUCAAGGAUUUGGCUACAAUUUUCUUUUACAUGCUUGUAGCAAUAAUCAUACAUGCUAUUAUUCAGGAGUAUGUACUGGAUAAAAUUAACAGGAAAAUGCAUUUUUCAAAAACAAAGCAUAGCAAGUUCAAUGAAUCUGGGCAACUUAGCGCGUUCUACCUUUUCUCCUGUGUUUGGGGCACAAGUAUUCUUGUCUCUGAGAACUAUAUAUCAGAUCCUACCUCUCUGUGGAUGGACUACCCGCACACUCUGAUUCCGUUUCAAAUGAAGUUUUUCUACAUCUCACAGUUGGCAUACUGGUUUCAUGCUUUUCCAGAACUGUACUUCCAGAAAACCAAAAAAGAGGAUAUCUUUCGCCAAAUUGUCUACAUUGGACUUUAUCUCUUUCAUAUUGCUGGAGCCUAUCUUCUAAAUCUGACCCAUCUUGGACUUGUUCUUCUGGUAUUGCAUUACUUCGUUGAAUUUCUUUUCCAUAUAUCCCGACUUUUCUACUUCAGUGAUGAAAGAUAUCAGAAAGGGUUUUCGCUGUGGGCAGUUCUCUUUGUUUUGGGAAGACUUCUCACCUUGAUUCUUUCUGUCCUCACUUUUGGUUUUGGACUGGCAAGAGCAGAAGAUCAGCAGCUCAAUUUCAGUACUGGAAACUUUAAUAUCCUGGCUGUUAGGAUCAGUGUGCUGGCCUCCAUCUGUAUGGCUCAAGCAUUUAUGAUGUGGAAGUUCAUUAAUUUCCAGCUUCGGAGGUGGAGAGAACAUUCUUCUUCUCAGCCUCAGUCAGUGAAAAAGAAGUUUGUAACAGCUAAAGGAAAGACCUCCAGAAAAGAAAGAGAAAAUGGAAUAAAUGGAACAGUCACCUCAAAUGGAGCAGACUCGCCUCGUAGCAGGAAGGAAAAGUCCUCGUAAAACUGGGUUUUAUUAAGUUAAUUGACUAAUGUCCCCAAAGAAUCUGCUUUUUACAUGGAAGGCCCUUCAGCACUAGAGAUGUUACAGAUUAAAGAAAAUACAAUUCAUGUUUUUUGAUUAUUGCUAUUGUUUUGUGAAACUUUUUUUAAAAGCCAUUUUGACUAAGAAGGGUUUAUCUGUCUUCAAAUACUUGGGGAGGGGGGUACAACACUUUUUAAAUAACAUUGACACUUUUUUAAACAUUUAUUGUGAUGAAAUAACUUCACUUAAUGAGGAUCACUGAUGCAAUGUAUUAUUUCCUUCCAGUUUUUGUAAUCUUGGUGAUAUAUCCUGUUCUACCAACAUCACGUUUUCCAAGAAAUAUUGCAAAACUGAAGUAAAGACUUAGUAUAGAUAUCAUAGCUUUUCAGUAUAUUACCUUGAUUCAAAUUUACAGUUCAGAUUGGAUUUCUAAGACCACACCAAAAAGCUCUUUAUUUUGUAGUUAAUAACUACAACGUCUGUUCUAAGAAUUGCCCCGUAUCAUUAAAACAAAACUGAACUGACUGGAAAUGUUGCAGAGUCUUAUUGUCUAUGUUGGUUAGAAAUCUCUUAUAAGGAAUAAAAACCUUUCUGAGAUAUAGCUUUAGCACUUGAAAAUUAGAAGGGAGAGUGUAUGUCAUAGAGUUGAUUUGAGUAGCACUAUUGACUCCUGUCUGUGCUUUUACACUGCACAUAUCUCAGUGUGCAUUGGACCUUUGAAAACUUGUUUGUCUGAUUUUAGAGGGUGGAGGUUCUUGCUGUGUGUUGUUGUGUUUGUUUUAGGAGGCAUGUGAUGCUUCCAUGAAGAGGGAAUUUGUUAGAUAAAUGGAUCAAGUUAUGACAAACAUUCCUUUAUUCUAACUACUCUGAACUACUCUGCUUUGUUUCAGCUCUGUUAGGAAAUAGUUUGAUUCCUUCUAUAUAUAUUUUUAUGAAAAAAAUAUUUAAAAGCUACAACUUCUUAAAAUUGAUUUAUUGUGCCCUUUGCUACAACUGGAAAAAUCUUAAUUUAAGAUUUUUUCCAUAUCUGUCUUUCAUAGUUGUAUUAAAUGUGAAGCUUUGUCCAGUUAAUUUUCCAGUUUAAUAUGCAGUUAAUGUUUUCAUUUGUAUCCCUGUGUAAUGGCUAUAGUUCAUCCUGUUUCACUUAAGAAUGAGUUAAAAACUGAGUUCAGUCUUCAGAAGAAGUUGCUAAAUCAGGCUUUCAAGUUAAAACAAAUAUAGGGCUGCUUAUUGAGUGAGUAGGAGUGAUUAUAGCAACGAAGCUGAUAAAAUAGUUCUAGUUAUAAACUGUAAGUAAAGUUGAGUUGAUGCCCAACAAAAUAAUAAUUCUACAUUCUGUAUCUUUUACAUUUUGGUUACUUACUAUACAGAAUAAACAUUUCUAGUACAAAGUCUUGACUACACAUAGCUAUUCAUUCUUCAAUCACUUUAGUGCUAUUUACAGUUGUUAUGGCAUACUUUGUUACAUGUUUGAACUAAUUUAAGUCAGCUGUUCUUGGGUAAUUGCUUCACAGCUACUGAAGUUAUUACAGGUGUGGACUUGUUUGACCUAAGAACUCUGUGGGGGCAGCAUGCUAUGAAAUAUGCCCAGUCUGCUUCAGUGGGAGUAGCUGUAUUAUGUAUUGGUUUGAAGAAGUAAAAAUUAAGUGGUGUAACUGUGAAUCUAUCAGAUCGGACCAUGAAACUGGAAAACUGGAGCUCACAAAUUUUGAGGGAAUUGUACACAUUAAAUAUUCGCUGCACAAGACCAUGUUUCAUGUCUGAUGUUUCUAACAAAGACCUUCACUGAAUCUGUGUGCCUUGCCUUGAAGUCGUACCUUAAGCCAGAAGGGGCAGAUUUUGACAGUUUCUAGCCUGGUACUUUGAUGCUAAAGCAGUUUGUCUGCAGUUUCUGGUUUUCUUGGUGCUCUCCAAAUCUUAAAGGCCAGGGGAACAAAUUGUGAAGGGAGCUUUUAUGAAGGGAGCUUUUAAGGUACUACUUGAGCUCUUUGAGACUUAUUGGAGUCUGAGGGUUAUAACGAUUGUUUCCCUGAGGCAAACUGUUUCUUGUAAACUUCGUUCUUUGGCACUGUAGUCUUGAAAUGUAAAUUUCAGGUUCACUUCCAAAAACUUCGAGAGUAUAUUCUUGCCUGUCAAUAUUGACAUUGCUUUUUGUCUCCUUUUGGCCUUAUGGACAUUUUUGGCCUUUGGACUUUUCAAAAAGCACUUUUGUUUUCAUGAUGGCUUAAUCUCCAUCCUUGCCUUAUAGUUGCUUGUGCAACAUAGAGUUGCUAUGCUCUGCCUAGUAUUAGACAAGGAUUUCACUUGUCCUAGAAUUUGAAGAAAGCAUUGAAAAUCAGUGUCUGUCUCCUGUAUCAUAACUAAAUAUAUAUAUUUAUAGUUUGGAUGAGUCAUUCUUACUUCCUGCAAAAGCAAUAAUUUUUUUAUUUUUCUCCUUGUGGCAGAACUCCUUGUGAAUUGACAAGAUUUUGAGAGACAUAUUUGAAGUUUGCUAUUACCUGUUUUUACGUCAGAUUAUUAUUUCUUUGCCUGGAUAACUUUUUUGAGUUGCUUAAAAUUCUGAUUUUCAGACCUUACUACAUUUUGGCUCUUCAUUUGUAAUCUAGGAUUCAGUAAGCUGAAAGAAAACUAGUUGUCUAAUCAUGUUUCCAGAAUUUUGGAAUGAGGAAUAUUAGAAAUGGAAAUGACUAAAGAGCUCACUGCGUUCCUAUGCCUAAUAAAAUAAUUCUUGCUUAGCUGCAGUAAUUUAUCCUGGUCAAUUGCCAGGUCUCACAAAGAGAAGGUUUUUUUCCGUGUACAUGGAUUUGAAUUGAGUGGUUCAUACAGACUGUGGUUAGGGUUUUUAUUUUGUUUUGUUAAAGCCCUGCUGUCUUGCCUGAACUCUUUCAAGACUUGCAACAGAUGAUUUCAAACCUUUUUUUCCCCUUAAGUGUAUGUUUGGUUUAUGUGCCAGACUGUCUUACCAAAACUAAUUCUUUAUUUUUACUAACCAAUAUGUAACUUCCAAGUACAAACAUGGAACAUAGAGCAGCUAAAUUAAAUUUUCAGAGUAUUGGCUCUUAUCUGGAUGCUUCCUACUCUUAACUAGUUGCAAAGCUUGUUUUUUGUUUUCCUUUGUGAAUUAUGCAUGAACAUGGCACUUUAGAAACACUGCUUUUUGUGUAAUCCCAUGCCCAAACUUAUGAUUACUCGAGGCAUUUGUCUUUCAGAGAAGGCUCAGACUAUUUCUGGUAGUGUUAUAAUAAGCUUAAAGUAAAUUACUUAAGUUGGGAUAUUGUAUUUGGAAAGUCGGUAGUUCCUGGAAAGCAUUUUGGUGUUUUUCCUAAACUCUUCUUUUCUUGGAAAAUGUUAGUUGUGUUUAUGGAAUUACCCAGAAUUAUUAAAAACAGUGUAAUGCUUUAAGAUACAAGUAAUUUGACUUCCAUAAACAGGGUUAAGAUGCAUCUCCCAUCCUUUUGCUUUUUUUGAAUAUCUUAGGUAACUGCACCUGAAGUGAUUUUGUUGGAGGCAAAACUUGAAAUUGGGCAGGGAAGGGAGCAAUUUCAUAGUCAUGCUAAGCUGAAAGUAAUGUAGGUUGCUGCCAAAUGUGAGGUUCUGCCCCUUCCCUUGUUCUAGCACUAGUAUUUUUGGUUGCAUGGUAAGCUAGAUCAGGGAACUGGUAUGACUGAAAGCUGACGUUGUUGUUCGUUGCUUUUCUUCUGGAUUAAGUUGCCUGAUAGUAAUCCUGGAAGUACACAGAUAUUUGUAUUUAAAUCAAAAGAAAACGUGGGGAGAAAAUGUACAUCAGGGUGUAAGGCAACUGCCACUUUCAACUGCACUUGUGUUAGUUGAAAACUACAGUAGAGUACACUGUAUGGUUUGGAAGACCUCAUUGACGGGAGUCUGGUCUUCAGUACAAGAAGGGAGCUCAUCUAUCUGGUAGCCCUGACAUGCCCAACUAGGUAUUCAUGGAUUUUUGCCAGGUAUUGUGGAGGAAAGGGAAAUAAUAUGCUCUGCUGUAUUGAGGUGCAUUUUAUCUGUCGCAGUUCCUGGGUUUCCAAGAAGUGGAAGAUGAUAAUGGAAAUGUACGAAUAGAAAUCCUGGAUAUGUAAUUUCUCUUGGAUCAAAAAACGAUUACUUUUCUUAAUGGCCAGGAAACUACAGCUGCUUUCUACAUGGACCUUUGUAUAUUGCAGUAGGUCUUCUGGAGAGCUUUGCAAGAAUAUAUUUGUAUGCCUCUGUGGAGGGGGCAAGGAGGGGCUUUUUUUUUUUUUUUUUUUUUUUUUUUUUUUUUUGUCUGUUUUUAAGAAGUUUGUUAGCUGAUUCUUACACUUAAUUUUUGUUCCAUUUGUGAGUCUGCAGUUUAGGGCUUUUCUGUGUUCUAGAAGACUGAAACUAGCUUAAUAGCCACUCUUAAGCUUCUUGUGCAAUAUUGGUCAUUGCUUUCUUAAUUGUUCUCUGCAGAAAAUGUCUGUUUUUAAAGGACUUGAACAUGAGGUAGAAACAGUCAUGAUACUUCUUACAGACCCACUGAGAGCCUGCAUGCAGAGCAAACUGUGUUUGGGUGGACUAGUAUGUUGAUUGUAGUAACAAUCACCUUAUUAUACAAGUACUUAGGUUACUUCUUGCGUAGGGUAUAAGAAUGCCCUACAAAAUGUAGGCUUUGGGGUAAAAUUUAGGAUAGAUCUUUUAAAAGGAAGAGAAUUCUUCAAAAGACUGACAUCAGUCUUCAUCUCGGCGAGUGGUAGGGAUGUGGUUUCCUUUACUGACCAUAAUUUAAAAGAUGAGUGUCCUGUUCAUAUUUGUAUUUCUCACAUUGCUAGUAGCUCACUUGCUUUAUCUUUAAACUGCUUUAAAUCGCUAGUUUCGUCUGGGUGGUUCUUUUUUAUGCCGUAGAUUGUUGUAAGAGAUCUAUAUGGUGAAUAUCCCCCCUUCUCAGUGCUAUCCUCUCCUCUCACUGCUCCCUGAACUAGUUGGUUUUGUAUCUAAUAAGCCUAGUUCUGUACACAUUAAGGAAUUUGGAGUGCUCUUCAGAACUAAAAUAGAAGCAGUGCAUGCCUGAAUAUUUCUAGAUCAGACGUGCAAGAAGUAAUAAGCACAUCAAAGCAAUAUACAGGGUGUCAUCAGAACCCACUUAACGAGAAGUGAAACUCUUAAGAGUUGUAUCAUAACAUAUUUAUCCUAAUUUCAAGUGUAGCGUUUGAAUAUAGCACACAUUCAGAUAGCAAGUGCCUUUCUGUUGGUGAAGCGGAACUACUAUUCGCAUCUGCAACUGUCAGUUCCCCUUGUGUGAGGAUGCGUGAGGAGCUCUGAGCUGCAGCUGUGUUAGACUUCUUUCUACCUUCUAGAGAAGUUCUUUUUAUGUUGACAAGACAAAGAUGACAACUCUAAUUUCAGGUUUAAAAAAUAAAACAUGCUCCCUAGUUUUGAAUCUAAGACAUUUGCUCUUGAUCUCUUUCUUUAUGCGCUGUCAGUUAAUUUUAUUUUGGGUUUCUGCAAGUACUUUAUUCAGCUCAAAGAUGGCAAAUCUGUGAUAAGUGCACCAGAAGUGACAUUUCUUUUUUCUUUUUUUUAAUGUAUGUUUGGAAGAUUUUGCAGAAUCAAGAGUAUCUAAGGUAUAGUUUUUCAGUAUUCAUUUUUUUCCUUAUUUAUUGUUGCUAACAUUAAAGGUCAGGCAUUGUCAUGCAGCACAACACAUUUAUCACUUCUUUACUCCAAACACGAUGUUAUCCAAUCUGCUAUACCAAAGUGAAAUAGGUAUUAGUAAGUGCUGACUGCUUUAGCAGAAAUUGGUAUUCCUGAAUGGUUUUGUUAGUCUCAAAGUUUUCCAUGCUGCAAUUCACUAUUUGUCUUUCUCAUUUAGGAAACUGGGCACUUACGAUCUCUGACUUUUUAGAUUGUACUUCUGUUGUAUACAACUUAACAAAGCUAUCGGCAAAUUAUGGGCAAGAACUUGAUAUUUGUCUGUGUUGUCUUAUGUUAGCUAGAAGGUCAAAUGUUGAAGAAUGUAUCUUGCAUUGUAAUCAACAGAUAAAAAUUUAGUCCAUGGUGAUGGGAAUGCUGUAAUGGGAUAUGAAUCUCAAAUCUUGAGCUCCAGGCUAGAAGCCAAGCCAAAACUAACCUGUGUUCUCACACAGGUGAUUCCUCCUCUUUCUUUCUUAGGUUCAUCAUUACCUUUGUUUCGUUUACUUAGAUUGUAUGUUCUUUGUGGCAAGGGUUGUCUUUUGUGUGUGUACAGUACCCAGGCCAGUAAGGCCUGGAGCCCCAGUCUGUGGAAGUUGUAAUAAGCAGUCACCUUGUUAUCAUUUUCCUGGAUAUCAUAAUAAAGAGUAUCUAAUUAAAA